ACUCCCCAAUAGGUCUCAAUUUUCUACUACCGCAGAGAUCAUGUUUAAUGCUGUCCUAUUUACAGUAGUUCACACAAGGUCUUUGCACAAGCCUUUUCACACAUUCCGUACUUUCUUAGACAAGAAGCAGAAUGGUCCUAAAUCUACAUUUUUUUUAAGUAGCUCCGCUGUGGCCUUGGAACCCAAGCUUGUUUCUUCCAGGACCGCGCUGGUCUUUGCAGGCCCCGAAGGCGCCGGCCCCGCAGCCCUGGGAAUUGGCAGAUAGGUGCGACGGCGCCCACGUACUAACCUCGGGCACGCGCUCCCGCCCCGCUCAGCCGCCCUUUCAUUGAGAAGCCCCGGCGUGAUCACGUGAAAGCGGUGUGCGGGCCUCGUGACGUCACGCAGCCCAGCCCAAUAGGAGCCUCUGUUUAUGCAGAGACCUCGGGCUCCGCACGCCCUGGCCGCGCAGCCUCGGGAAGGUCGCGGUAGGUGCGCUGGCAGCGGGCGCGCCCGGAACGCUGCGGGGAGGCUCUGCCGGUGGCGGUCAGCAGCCGCGUCUCCGCCCGCUUCCCCGGCGUCCCCUGUCGGCCGUAGCGGGCCGCUGGCUCCGCGCCCCACCCCCUCAGCGCUCGGAGGACAUGCGGAAGAGAGAAUGAGCCAGAGGGACACGCUGGUGCAUCUGUUUGCCGGGGGAUGUGGUGGUACAGUGGGAGCUAUCCUGACAUGUCCACUGGAAGUUGUCAAAACUCGACUGCAGUCAUCUUCUGUGACACUUUAUAUCUCUGAAGUACAGCUGAACACCAUGGCUGGAGCCAGUGUCAACCGAGUCAUGUCUCCUGGACCUCUUCAUUGCCUAAAGGUGAUCUUGGAAAAAGAGGGUCCUCGCUCCUUAUUUAGAGGAUUAGGCCCCAAUUUAGUGGGGGUGGCUCCCUCCAGAGCAAUAUACUUUGCUGCUUAUUCAAACUGCAAGGAAAAAUUGAAUGGUGUUUUUGAUCCUGAUUCUACCCGGGUACACAUGAUUUCAGCUGCAAUGGCAGGUUUUACUGCAAUCACGGCAACCAACCCCAUUUGGCUUAUUAAGACUCGGCUACAGCUUGAUGCGAGGAACCGUGGGGAAAAGCGAAUGAGUGCUUUUGAAUGUGUUCGUAAAGUAUACCAGAUAGAUGGACUGAGAGGAUUUUAUAGAGGCAUGUCUGCCUCAUAUGCCGGCAUAUCUGAGACUGUUAUCCAUUUUGUUAUUUAUGAAAGUAUAAAACAAAAACUACUGGAAUGUAAGACUGCUUCUAUGAUAGAAAGUGAUGAAGAGUCUGUGAAGGAAGCAUCAGAUUUUGUGAGAAUGAUGCUAGCUGCUGCCACCUCAAAAACUUGUGCCACCACUAUAGCAUAUCCACAUGAAGUUGUAAGAACACGACUACGUGAAGAAGGAACAAAAUACAGAUCUUUUUUUCAGACACUGUUUUUGAUUGUUCAAGAAGAAGGUUAUGGAUCGCUUUACCGUGGCCUGACAACUCAUCUGGUGAGACAGAUUCCAAACACAGCCAUUAUGAUGGCCACCUAUGAACUGGUGGUCUACCUACUUAACGGAUAGCAACAUGGGCAGCUGUGCUACUGAGCAGGAAGACCAAAAGAUCACAGUGGACCAUGGAAUAGCGAAGCCAGCAUGGUGGACAGAAGAAAAGUAGUUUGGGAACAUGUAUGCCUAAGCAGAAGUUCGGUUGUGGGAAUUAAGGUACCAUACCACAUUAGUCUUUCAAUGAAGAAGCCCCUGGCCACCUCUAAGGGAAUGCUUUUACAAGUAUUCUUCUCAAAAUUGCCAUUUUCUCUACCAUGUUCACCAGUUACCGUAUUUUAUUGAUUUGUGCCGUUCAGAAUAUAGUGCUUAUUCCAUGAGCAUUUUUUCUCAAUCUUCUAAGCAAAGCCAUCCCUAAUUAUAUACUGUACUGUAAUUACCCAAAGAUAGUAUUGACAGCUAUAAAUUUCCUGGGAUACUGUAAAAUAACAAUAGAUAGAUCCUGAAUAUUGUUUUCUCACUUCCCUGAGGGAGCCUGGUACAAUAUUUUAAGUUAUUUAGUGUCAGUGGUCACUAUAUUUUGACAGCCAGUGGCCUUGUGUAUUUUUGCCAUUAAAAUGUUUGUUUUCUACAGCUGACAUGUUUAUCAUAAUACGGACCUUCAUAUCAAAUGCAUGUGGUUACUAGUUUGGGACUAUAAAAUAAACUAGUAGAAUGCUGAUUCUUGACCAUUUCACUGACUUGAAUGUAGCUCCUCUAAUGUUAUGAGGUAUGAAUGAAUGCAUUUUAGUUCUGUAAUUUAUUAGUUAUAAAUUUGAUUGUCAUAUUUCUCAUACCUUGAUAUCAUUUACUUAAAAGUAGAAAAGUUUACUACUUUUGAAUCUUUUCCAUUUUUACAUUAAGAAUUUUAACUUUUGAAUUAUUUCCAGGUCUGUAUAGAUUAUAGUUGUAGAGAAAAUGGUAAUUUUUAGUUUUGCCCUUCACACAUUUUAUUGAAAAGUGGUAUUAAUAUUCAGGAUGCUAUAACUAUUAGAGAAAAUGGUCCUCAAAUCUGAUAGCACAAAUUUCAAUUGGCAUAGAAUUUGUAAAUGAGUAAGGUACGUUUGGCAAAUUUAUUCUGUCCUAGUUUCCUGGAUGGUCUACAGAGUCAGUCUAAUUUUGUUUCAGUGUGUUAAUAGGAUACAGUUUUUAAAUUUUGCUAUUGAGUCAGCUACACCUUUUUAAUACUUUAAAUGUAUUAUAUAUUGCCAUUAUAAAGCUGUUGGCUAUAAUACUUUUAAGAGAUUGAUUUUUUUUUUUUUUUUUUCCUAUGGAUGUUGCUAUGCUGGUAUGUGAAACCUCUACAAUUGAACUCUAGUGUGGUACUUCUGUGAAAACUUUGUGGAUGCACUUUGUGGCCUUUUGAGGGAGUAGGAAUUAGAGAAUUCAUGUUAAUUUUUUUUAAAUUGUCAUGUAUUAGGCAGAAACAGUGUUCAUAACAUUUUUCUGGAUUUUAGGUAUAUUUUGGAGAUCUCAUUAUUUUAAGUGUACUGUAUAAUGCCAUAAUAUUAUGGAAAAGCCACAAGCCAUUGAUUGAAAGCUUUCUCUCCUGUCACCAGUGGAGUUUAGGCUCAGUGCCCUCUUUAAAUUUCCCACUUUGACUUCUUUCAAAUCAACAAUAACUGGAUGUUUUUGAGGUGCUCAAUUGGAAUUUAAAAUAUUCCAAUCUAUUUGGAGACCAAAGGCAAGUUCAGUUUUGUUACCUUUGGAAUUAUUACAGCUUUGACAUUCAUUAUGUGGAACAUACCAAAAAAUAAAUCCCUGCGUGGGGUUUUUACACUGUAGAGAUCUAAUUCAGUCGUGUUUGCCUCUUCCAGUGCCAUUGAUGCUGCCUAAUACAACCUAAUUUGCUUUGUGAAGAUCAGUAACGCUUAGUUGUGUUGAGUGUAGGACACAUUCUCCUGUAUUACACUGAAUGGUAAUGAAUGAUACAAAACCAGCAGCUAAGGAACAUCUUACUCAGUUGUAGCAAAUUAAUUCAAGUGUCCUUCAAGGAUGAACUUGUAUUUUACUUUCUGUUUGUGUUUAGCAAGUAAAAUUUACACUGACCUUUAGUGCAUUAUAUUCAGCUUUUAAAGUAUUAUGUGUACGUACCUGAACCAACAAAUGUUUUAGAGUCUUAGUAUUUAUAAAGUACCAAUUGGAAAGGAGUAGUGAAGUCUGAUUUUUUU